GGCAGAGGGGGAGGGGGAGCCUCCACUAGCAACUAAGCUUAGCUUCCUAAACUCAGCAGAAAGGUCAGAGGAAUUGCAGGAAAGGCCAGGCGCCCGGGCAUUCUGUCUGCCCGCCAAAGACGGACGAAAACCCAAGUUGUGCGAUGCAGCUUUAAAGGGGCUGGUGAUUGACAGAAUGUGUAGCAGUGGAUGGGGUGGAGCCGCUGGGUGGGGUCUGGGACCGGCAGCUGGGAGAAACCAAAAGGAAGAAAAAAGAAAACCAUUGCCCCUGAUUAUCGCUAAUGCCGGGCGGGGAAAGCUAGUCAGAAAGGGAGGAAAAGGAGGGCUUUAGAGCUCACCUCCACUCCCACCCACGGUCAACUCUCUCCAACCCUUCGGUCUCCUUUGGAGAUCAUUCAAAUCGAGUGUACACCGGCCCUGGUCGGUGCCCAUUACCUCUAACUCGCCACUGAACUAGGUUUGCAGUACGAGGGAGUGAGGACCCCGAGUCCAUCAGCUCAACCCCAGCCCCGCCCCGUCCGUUGGCCCUGGCCCCAGGCUGGGAGGAGAGGAUGCCUCCGGAGGCGCAGAAUCCAAAAAUAUGGAUCAAUUCAUAAACAACUUGAAGGCCCAGCUUAAUUCAGAAGGUAGCUCAAUGCAUGUAUUCAAACAGGUCACUGGCUCUGUUCCAAUCAGAGAUCCCCCAAAGACAGCAGGCAGAGGCAAUAUGACAUCUCUACCAUUUCUGGAUGCCAACCCCAUGGAGAACCCAGCACUGUUUAACGACAUCAAGAUCGAGCCUCCAGAAGAACUUCUGGCCAAUGAUUUCAGUCUGCCCCAGGUGGAACCAGUCGACCUCUCCCUUCACAAGCCCAAGGCUCCUCUCCAGCCUGCCAGCAUGCUGCAAGCGCCCAUCCGUCCUCCCAAGCCGCAGCCUGCUCCCCAGACUCCUGUAGUGUCCACUUCGACAUCUGAUGCAGGCACUUUAGCAAACAUCCCUGCCGUUCUGACUCCAGGCUCUAUUCUGGCCUCCUCUCAGGGCACUGGUGGCCAGCAGAUCUUCCAUGUGAUUCACACCAUCCCCUCAGUCAGUCUGCCAAACAAAAUGAGUGGCCUGAAGACCAUCCCAGUAGUGGUCCAAUCGCUGCCCAUGGUGUAUACUGCUUUGCCGGCGGAUGGGAACCCUGCCGCCAUUACAGUCCCACUCAUUGGAGGGGAUGGCAAAAAUGCCGGAUCAGUGAAAGUUGACCCCAUGUCCAUGUCUCCACUGGAAGUCCCAAGUGACAGUGAGGAAAGUGCAAAUGAGAGUGGAUCCUUGGCCUUCCAGGGACUGCAGCAAGAACCAGCAGCCAUGACCCCAAUGCAGGGAGAAGAGGCCCUUGACUUGAAAAGAAGACGGAUUCACCAAUGUGACUUUGCAGGAUGCAGCAAAGUAUACACCAAAAGCUCUCACCUGAAAGCCCACCGCAGAAUCCAUACAGGAGAGAAGCCUUAUAAAUGCACCUGGGAUGGCUGCUCCUGGAAGUUUGCUCGCUCAGAUGAGCUCACUCGCCAUUUCCGCAAGCACACAGGCAUCAAGCCCUUCCGGUGCACAGACUGCAACCGGAGCUUUUCUCGCUCUGACCACCUGUCCCUGCACCGCCGGCGCCAUGACACCAUGUGAGCUCCACAGUCCUCACUAGAAGAGCUGCGCUAGUCUCAUUCCUGUGUGUGUGCUGAAGUCAUGACCAUCUUUUCCUCUUUGACUUCAGCUUGCCUCUGGGAUGGGACUGGAGUAGCUCACUGAGCCAGGUUGAUGAGACUGGAGGAAAAGAUAGCUUAUUUCCCAUGGUGGCUCCUCAUAUUCCAUCUUCACAUCUUCGUAUAGGUUGAAUAAAAAGUGUGGCACCCAUGGUCACAGAUGGGACACUUUUCUACAAUAACAAAACAGGAAUCCAACUCAAGGCUGUGAACAAACAUAUGCUGCUUUUUUCCUGUUUUUCCCUCCUUUUGUUCUAGAAUUCUUAUCCAUAUUUUUGAAAAAUCAGUACUUAAAAGUGGUUGGUAGUGUUUUAAAAUGACUUUUUUUUUCAAGUUCCUAGAGAGAAGAGGGCAUAACAGUGUAGCUUAUUGGUAGCAUGGAUUGGCAUCCUGAGUAUAGGACACAUUCUCAGUGAAUAUACUGAGUCCCAUACAAAACUCAAAGGUUUUGUAAAUGCAAUCCUAUUUGUCCUUACAGUUUGGUUUUCACACAGUGCGGGCACUUCUGCUUCUUAAGUCCAUUGAAGGGAAUGAAGUGAUCUUGUCCAUCUCCUUCUCCUUCCUUCUCUUCCUCCUUCAACGUUAAGGAUUUUACAGCACAGUCACCUUCUUUUUGGGUUAAAUAUUAGUUAGGACAAAUAUUUGAAGCGCACAUUGACAUGCCGGUAGGAUGAAAAAUGUUUCAGGAAGAGUAUGUUGGACCAUGACAGGAAGAAGCAGAACCACAAUAAUCCUGAAAACAAAUAGAGAGGGACUUUCACUUGGAUAUGACGCUAAAAGUGCUGUAAUCACAAACCUCAUUCAUAUGGCAGCCUGUUGAGACAGUGUCUUGAGGGGCUGUACUGUACUGUUUAUUCUUUUGUUUACAUAAAGCAACUAUUAUGAGUGUAAUGCAUGAUGAGAAAUCAUACACUGGGGCCAUGUCAUAGAAAGGUGAGGGGUUGUAAGAAAAAUAUUUGUUCAUUCCAUGGCAUUAUUAGCAUGCAUUCCUGUGUUUCAUUUGGAAUAGGAGGCUUUUAGUGAAAACUGAGAUACAGAAAGUAAUUCGAUGUUCUGCAACUGCUACAAGCACCUAUGGCAUUUCUUUUAGCCAUUAUAGCAUAUUGCAUAAUAUAGACAUUUGGUUACCAAAUCUGACUAUUUCAUAAUAGUCUCUGAGACAUAAAACCCUGUGUUCCAGGCUCUGGACCUCAGAUCUACCUCCACAUGUCAUAUUUCCUCUCUUCAGGGGGAGGGGGAGUUUGUAUCACUUAACUUUGGACUCAGCCUCUCUCCUAAAGGUUCAUAUGGAACCCCUUUUCCUUGGCAGAUAUUCAACCAGUCCCUGCUUACAUAUUUUAGGUUACUACCUCCCAAGGUUUGUCCAUUCUGAAUACAUCAUAGAAUUCUAGCACCAAUGAGGGAUCCUAUUAGCCAUGUAGUCCUAUCCAGCAUUCAUAUUUUACAGAUGAGACAAAUACGGGUCAGAUUCUUUCCACAGAUGUUCCUUGAGGCCUUAUAGACCUGCACACUCAUUCUCCUAGGGGUCACAUUGUUAAACCAGAUUAGAGAAAAAUUUACAUGAUUGGUUGCAGUAUUUGUCCAAUUUCAUAUGUUAUGCUUCAGAAAACUUUAGAACACUCAGUUGAUUAGAUAAUAAGUAAAGUGUGCCUGUGGUAUGGGCAUAUAACAUUAGGUACACAAUAUUUCUCUUCUAACACUUUCUGUAAUAUCUCAGAAUUGAUUUACCUCAUUUAAACAUAUAAUGUCCAGAUCAUAAACCUUUAUAAAUUCAAGGCCUGCCUGUAUUAUUCAAAAUGACACAUGGAUUUUUACUCUUCUCAUUGUUAUUUUGAAACAGACUUUCCCCUGACUUUUGGUGUGUAAGUUCCAUACUAUAGACUGAAAGGGAACGUUUAUGUAGCGCUAAGAUUGUUAAAGGUGACUUACCAUCAUACAUAUUGGCUUAAGCUUAUAAUUGAGUAGAUGAUACAGUGUUUCACAGUAGAGUCCAAGGACCCAUUUUCUCCAGGGUUUGGAUCCUGAGAUUCCCUUUUCCAGAGUUCAUAACUGUCUUACACCCCCGGACCUCAGGAUCUUUUGCACUGGAGCAUAUAACCUGUUUAUAAAUAAAGGCUAUCAAACAUCUAUUGUACUAACUAUGAUGAUCACAUUAAAAUUUCUAAUAUUGCUAUCUCUGCCACCCCUAAACCUUUAUUCAAUUUUUCCCUGCAAAGCAAUGAGGGAUUUUGUUACUGCUUUAUUAAUAGCCCCUCCAAAUAACAAUAAAAUCAUUCCAAUCAUUA